UGACUGAGACUCAUACUCUCUUUUCCUGGUUUUUUCUGAAACAAAAAGCUUCCUCUCACAUGAUCCCAAGCAAAUCGCAGAUGAAUAAAUAAAAAAGGGCGGGUAGGCUCAGGCUCAAGCUCUACUCUGCAACCACAGUUAAAAACAUGCGUAAUUCAAACUAGUUUAUCCUCUCUCUCUCUCUCUGAGUUUUAGAGCUCUCUUCUGCUCUUUCCAAGAACCAGGCCCCUUUGGUUUCUGGGUUCGGCUGUUUCUCACAGAAACUAAGAGAUGAAUCUCAAGAAUCUAUUGGAAGACAAACAACUAGAUUUUUAUCAGCCACUUUUAUCCGUGAGGAGAGUCCCAUUAGCAGCGGCCUCCUUACAAGCUGAAAACAAAAGGGUUACUGAUAAUUCAUUACCUAAAAUACCUCCCCUUCCUGUUUACAAGUCAGAUCUGAAAUCAGGUCCAGUGAGUAACCCAGGAACUGUUCCUUUUGUCUGGGAGCAAACCCCAGGAAGACCAAAGGAUGAAAGGAAAGCACAAAAUGUUGCUCUUGAACGGCCUCAUGUAACUCCAAGGCUUCCACCUGGGAGGGUUCCAAAGGUCAAACAGCAAGAUUCAGAUAAAAGUUCUAAACCUACAAGUAUUACUCAGUCCAAAACAGAAAACUUCCUUCCCAGGUCUCAACACGUUUCAUUUAUGGAUAAAAAUGUGACUAAAUAUGAGAGCUGCAAUGAGAAGAUGGAGUUUGAGGGUUUUGGUUCAGAGGAUGGUGAUGAGGCCUAUUUCGACGCACUUGACACAAUUUCUAUGACAGAAUCAUUUUCUAUGAACUGCAGCACCAGUGGGUUGAGUAGCUUGGAUGGUCCAGAUGUUAAACCAUCUGGAACCUUCUCAAUGGAUCCACAAACUCGGGAUAUCAUGAUUGGUCGUUUCUUACCUGCAGCAAAGGCAAUGGCUUCUGAAACACACCAACAUGCUACUUGGAAGCAACCUAUUAUACGAGAGCAACUGGGACAUUUAGAGAAGGUAGCAGCUGGGGAUAAACAUGAUCCACUUAAUCAGUACAUGCAAAAUGUUGUGAGAUGCCAAUCCCAUAACAUAGACGUGGAAGAAAAUGAAGAUGAAGCUGAUGGUUUUGACGGAUCUGAAAUUUCAUCAUCUAGAAUUUGUGGCUUAUUUCCUAGGUUUUGCCUAAAAAAUUCCUUUUGCCUUAUAAAUCGUACACCAGGGAUGAGCAUGCAGAGAGGGGUACCCAUUUCUACGGUCCGUAGUUUGAGAGAAAAAUCUUCAUAUUCUGGUUCUUUCAGUGAGUCGGAUAAACAGCGUGCUAGGAAUACUGCACCUGAGCAAAGAUCACUGGAUGGACACCAAUCAGCGGAGCUGCACGAAGAUAAGACUCGGGUGAGAAUUGAAUCCAACCAAACUGCUCAUAAAAAAGAUUGUGGGAAACCAGAUGAAUCACCUCAGAACAGGCGUUUGCAUGGUAAUGGCAUAUUGACCUGCCAGAAUGAAUCUUCCCAGUCUCUCCAUGAAGUUCUUGGUUUUUCUGGAAAAGAUGUGAAUUCCAGGGUGAGUGGGUCAGAUUUUCACAGUAAAGGCCACAAAACUUUUCGAGAAUUAUUGGCCAAUGAGGACACCAAAUGGGAAUCAGGCUCUACGAGUCCCAUGGUUGAGAAAACACUCUAUAUUGAUUCUGUACAUACAGUAAAAUCUCGAAAGUCAAAUUCAAGUUCUUCAGAUAUGCAGGGGUCAAUUGAUUACAGAGGGGACGGUUUUGGGAUUACUGUAAAAUGUAGCGAAUUGGAGAAAAGGCCUUCUGUAGAUUCUUCACUUAAAGAUUUCAAGUACUUGAGUGUUGUGGAUGAAAAGACAAAAGUGCAACCUGUAAGUUCAGUGUCUGUUGAUUCUUGUUUUCUGUCUUCUUCUGCCAGAUCCAAAAUGGAAAUGAGGAAUGAUUCCAAACAGUCUCUGGAUCUUAUUCAGGAUUCUAGUACAUUGAUGAGCUCAAAACCAAUUGAUACCAAGAAGAUUCAUUUCGAAACCCAGCAGCCUGUUAAAUUAGGUGAUCCAAAAGGUCCUCAUGGCCUUACUCAGGAUUCUGUUACACUGACAAGUUUGAAAGUCGUUAACAAUAGGAGUAUUGGUUUAGAAAUCCGGCAUGAUAAGAAAUCUUGCACUCAAGUUAAUGCUGGCUUUGUACAAGAUUCUAUCACAAUUGCAAGCUCAAAAGUGGGUGGGAAAAAUAAUUUCGAAAGCCGAGGGCCUAUGAGUCUAGGUGAUCAAGAAAGUUCUCAUAGCAGCUAUCCAUACCUUCCUCUUGGCUUACCUUCACCAAAAUCUCCAUCUGAGUCUUGGCUAAAGCGUACUCUUCCCGUCAUUUCCUCAAGAAAUGUACCUUCAAGAUCUUCACUUGCCAUGCUCAUUAAUACUAGAAAUCAAGCUUCCAAGUCAACCUCUCUUGAAUCCAACUGGGAAACACGCGUUAAAUCUUCCUACACACACCAUGGCCAUCUGAGGUAUUCUGAGGAACUACUGACACCUAUACCGGAAGCUUAGAAGUUUGGAAGCUGCCUUGUCUGAAAUCCACCCACUCCUGCAUUUGAUUGGAAUGGGUUCCUAUAAUGGUGUUAAAGAUGAUCAAAUUUAUUCUUUUCCAGGUCAUUUAGUUUCCACUUUUCCCAAGGUGUUUCCCUUUUUGAUUCCUAUACUGAAACUGUAAAUCAACAUCCCAAUUUCUUCCUGUAUUAAGAAACUUCAACUUGUUAUAUUCUGUUGUAAAUUCAUAAAUUGUUGAACUUUAAAACAAAGUUUAUUCCUGUAAAGUUCUUUAUAUGUAAAGGAAAUUAAAGGGCUGUAUAUAUAUAU